CGCUUUAAAGGCCAAGGCCCGGGCCUCAUCCGUCACUUGUGGCGGAUCCAAUCCAAGACUUUCAUUGCGAUUCAAGUGAAGCUUCAAGAUGCAACAGCGGCUCAUAGCGUCACUGAUAGCGCUGGUUUUGGUGACGUCAGCGAAAGCUGCUGAUGAAGACCUGAAAGCCAAGGUGUCCAAACUGGAAGGACUGGUUUCAUCUAUGGAAGGGAUAGUGAAGAAGAUGAAGGAUAGACAGACAUGUGCCAUCUCGCAGAUUAUGAUGUCUCAGCUUGUCCAGGAAGAGAGAAUCAGGACGGACGGAGGCUCCGGCUUAAAGCAGACACGAAUCAACCUAGUAGGCUCGGAGAUAUACUUGACCAACACUCACACCGGAAGCAGCUUGGCAGCCAUGCACAACCAUGCCAACCAUAUAUACACUUUAGGUAUGGGUGAAGUGACCGCAGUCAUCAAUGGUCACGAAUUCAGGACGAGGCACAAUGAUUAUCAACUCCGCAGGCGCCGCGACACAGGGACCGGACACUACAUGUCCACCGCCGAGAUUGACCUUCCAGAAGUUCCCGAGAGCGUAUUGAACUUUACAAAUGUGGAUGAUCAGAUCGCCGAGAUGAGAGAGUAUUUCGUAGCAUUUGCGGCAUCGAAUAUCACCCACAGGGAUUACCGUCCGUAUUUUAGGCCCGUCAUCUCCAUAAUGGAAGGAUACUGGUACAACCCCAAUGGUAAUGAAAUUGACGAGCCUUUCGUGUCCGACCGACACAGCAUUGAUGCCACCGGUUGGGACGAUCUGCGGCAGAAGAUCAGAUUUAGUGCGUACACUGGCCGCAAGGACGCGCAAGAGAAUUACUCGUUCCUUCCGACCAAGAUUAUGCAUGUUGACGACGACGGGAACUGCCAAACUGCCCAGUGGCAGUAUAGAAUCACAUGUCACGCCAUCCCCAAAGAUAUUCACAUACCAUUGAACCAGUUCCAGGUCGUUGAUGACCUCAUCUCCAGAAUGUACUACAGGAAAACCAUCGACGAACACAAAAAUUCACGCUCAGCAAGAUUUCGCAUCAAUCCUGAGCUGCAUCUUUAUCCAAGAUGGGGGAGAAACGUCACGAACGCCCCCUUCCCUCGAAACAAGCGCUACAGGUACACGUUCAUGGAUAAGAUCAUGGAAGGGAUCCCCGGGCUUGACGGCUACAAUGCCACACUCAAAGAUGAACAAUACGGAAAUCUUGCUUAUCCUAUCGACCAGACAGUAAAAGAUACGUCAAAGUUUAAGAAUGUGGCCUAUUAUCAUAGGACAUUCAAAGAGUUUGAAAGUGGCGCCAUGGGCUCGACCCACCGAAAAAGAGGCUACAGUGACCCUGACCUUUACAUGGCCAUGACAACGGAGAAGAAGGUGGCACCGAUGAAAGCGAUUCUGACUGACAGAAAAAAACCCAGAGGACAACAGAAAGUUGAAGUACAACAACGUUGGUCGUAUGCCAUCCCAUUGGAGAUCAUCUACAUGACGCCGCUACAGCGAUGGAACCCCUACAAUAUUAAAGACAGGGGCCACCACAGGACAGAUGCCGGAAGGGUUGUUACUAAUAAUGGUAGAAACGGAGGACUGACCAAAGACAAAGCCUACGACGGUUUUAAUGCUGCCAACUGCUACCACACACCAGCGGCACUGUUCAAGGGCGGCAGAGAGGUGGACGAGGGAAGCGCUGCGGACACCGUGUCAGGUGCAGUAGGUGUGCUCGAUCAGAAAAAUAACAUGAGGACCAUGAUGGCAAGCGGGUUACGAAUCUUCUUCCCAGAGAUUGACGGGGCUGGCGUCGUAAGGCAGAGGUGGCCCAUUUCACCCGUGCACGGUGAGGGCGGUGGUGCCUGGAAGGAGCUGGACGCCCUCAAACACAUCGUCUUGGGCUGGAAAUCGAAUUCGAAAUACUUCUAUGAGAAUAUGAAAGACCUGGGUUCGUGCCCCGCUUCACCGAAGAGAAGGCGGUAAACAAGAUAUCGUAAGCGUAUGCUUGCAUCUCUCGACAAGCCGUCGGUUGGCUGGAAUCACCAGUAGGAAUUUAGAAAAUUAUUCAAAUAUUUGAAGAAGAAAAAACAUUUGCUAAAUGUAUUAUCAAGACAUUUUCGAUAUGACACAAAAAGGAGAAUAUCAAGUUUUUUGGCUACACUGCUCAAAACAAGUUUUUUUCGCUAACGCUGGGCAGGCGCUUUCUUAACUUGCGUCAUCUCCUCCAGUUGAGUCUUGGCGACCUAACUCCACGUUAAGUUAACGCCAGCGUUAGCGACAAAACUUGCUUUGAACACCGUGCCACGCCACUAGCAUCAUCUGAUGUCCACAUACGCAAUGUGUGUCUUGAAUGAUGACGAUGACGACGACGAUUUGGCUCCGGCGGCUUGUAGCUCACGUGUGGCAAGCACCCACUUUAGAAACACCGUCAGUAAAUUACGCAAACAUCAGAUGUCAAGACCUUUAUUUAAUAGUAAUAAAUAGAAUGCAAUCAAAACUAA